UUGACAUCAGUUUUCCCCUGUGGCUCUGGGAAAUGUGGGUGUAGGGCCUGAGAAGUGGCUGUGGUUUGUAGGCUGGAUACCUGCUCUGCGGAGUUUGUGUUUGUGUCGCAAUCCUGUGUGCUCAGACUUGACCAUGUUUGGGCAUGGAGGCUCAACCCACAGGGGACCAAAGGCUGCUGCCCUGGAGAUGGCUGGGAGGCCAAACUUUCUGCUGCAGCUCUGAGGCCUCUUUUAGGGUGGGGGUAGGAGUCUGGGAAGAAAGAAAUCAUCUGCUUGCUGAAGACCUCCAGGACAGCAAGGAACUAAAUGACUGCUAUCCUCAGUGGACAUGGGGAAGAAGUUGGUGAUGGCCCAGAAGCGGGGAGAAACUCGAGCCCUUUGCCUGGGAGUGGCCAUGGUGGUGUGUGCUGUCAUCACCUACUACAUCCUGGGCACAACUGUGCUGCCUCUCUACCAGAAAAGUGUGUGGACACAGGAAUCCACCUGCCACCUGAUUGAGACCAACAUCAGGGACCAGGAGGAGCUGGAGGGCAAGAAGGUGCCCCAGUACCCAUGCCUGUGGGUCAACGUAUCAGCUGUGGGCAGGUGGGCUGUACUGUAUCACACUGAGGACACUCGGGACCAGAACCAGCAGUGCUCCUACAUCCCAGUCAGCCUGGAAAAUUACCAGAUGGCCCGGGCUGACGUGGAGAAGGUCAGAGCCAAUUUCCUCGCAAAAAAGGUUUUCUACUGCUUCUCCACGACUCGGGAAAAUGAGACGACUGUUCUGUACCGGCGCCUCUAUGGGCCCCAAGCCCUUCUUUUCUCCCUCUUCUGGCCCACCUUCCUGCUGACCGGAGGCCUCCUCAUUAUCGUCAUGGUAAAACUCAACCGCUCUCUCUCCAUCUUGGCGGCCCAGAAGUAGACUGAACUCUACCAUGCCCUGGGAGCAUGGGUCACAGAGGACUGGGUGAUUCCCUGGAGCUGUUCCUCACUCGAACAGCCUUCCUUCCUUCCUUGCCCUCCAAACAUCCUGUCCUCUGUUGCAUGGUUGACCUUUGAGAAAUCUAAGUAAUUUCCUGCUGGAGAAUGUGCACUGGCACCCUAGUACCUCCAAGCAGAAGCCAGCCAGUUACCUCUCUAUUAUCUGCCCUUACUCAAUACACUCAUACCUGUUUCCUACUGUGUCACCCUCUAACCCACAAAUGACCAGGACUGUCACCUCUGUGCCUGUGAUUUCCCUAUUGGCUCAAAAACCUACCUAACUCAUCCAAAAAACUCUCCUUAGCAAACCGUAGUUCCUUCUUUUAAUUCCGCAAUAAGCACAAUAUCAGCUCCCAUUUACAGAGCACACUUAGUAUACUGCCUUUCUUUUUAGGAUAAGUCUUACAUACAUUUUUUAUUCCAAUAUUUAAGAUACUGCUGUUCCUCAUUAUUCACAGGGAACUAGUUUCAAGAUCCUCCUCUGAUGCCAAAAUCUGCAAAUGCUCAAGUCCCUGAUAUAAAAUAGCAUCGUAUUUAUAUAUAACCUAUGCACAUUCUUACACAGGCUUUAAAUCAUCUCUAAAUGAUGUAUAAUACCCAGUACAAUUUAAAUGCUAUGUAAAUAGUUGUACUACUAUAUUCUUUAGAGAAUAAUAGAAAAAUGUCUAUGUUUAGUACAGAUGCAAUUUUCCCCCAAAUAUUUUCAAUCUGCUGUUGAUUGUAUCCACUGUUGUGGAACCUGCUGACUGUAUACACAAAGUAAUAAAAUGAGUAAA